CCUGUUGCGUGGCGCUCGCGCGCCCACUCCGAGUACGCAGACCGGACCUCGGAUAACCAGAGUGGAGAAGCCUGCACGAGUUCCGGGUCCGACUCCCGGCGGAGCACGUGGUUUGACCGGCUCAGUCCCGGGGCUGGGGGCCUGGACGCCGGGGUUUCCCGAGGCCAUUCCAGCCGCUGAGGUCGCUGGGGAUCCGCCGCACUUUAGCAAUUCUGAAAGGCUGCCUUACUUGCCCCACUGAGUGCCAGAGAGGGACCCUUGGAGCAGAGGGCGGUCUGGACCCGGGUUCCAGGCUCCGCAGACCCUCUCGGGGAGCCACCCCAGAGUCCCUUGGGGCUUUCAGUAUGACCUCAGAGAGCCGGGCCGGGCUGGGCGCCCCACCACUCCAGUCUGCCCGCUCCCUGCCGGGACCCGCACCCUGCCUCAAGCACUUCCCCCUGGACCUGCGCACCUCGAUGGACGGCAAGUGCAAGGAGAUCGCAGAGGAGCUGUUCAGCCGCUCCCUGGCGGAGAGUGAGCUCCGCAGUGCCCCCUACGAGUUCCCGGAGGAGAGCCCCAUCGAGCAGCUGGAGGAGCGGAGGCAGCGUCUGGAGCGGCAGAUCAGCCAGGAUGUCAAGCUGGAGCCAGACAUCCUGCUUCGGGCCAAGCAGGACUUCCUGAAGACCGACAGUGAUUCGAACCUACAGCUUUACAAGGAGCAAAGUGAGGGCCAGGGCGACUGGGGCCUGCGUGAGCGGGACGGGCCACUGGAGCGGGAGUUUCAGCGAGUCACCAUCUCUGGGGAGGAGAAGUGUGGGGUGCCCUUCACAGACCUGCUGGAUGCAGCCAAGAGUGUGGUGCGAGCCCUCUUCAUCCGGGAGAAGUACAUGGCCCUGUCCCUGCAGAGCUUCUGCCCCACCACGCGCCGGCACCUGCAGCAGCUGGCCGAGAAGCCUCUGGAGACCCGGACCUAUGAGCAAGGGGCCGAGACCCCUGUGCCUGCCGAUGCCCCAGUGCACCCUCCUGCGCUGGACCAGCACCCGUAUGAGCACUGGGAGCCCAGCACCAUGCCCGGGGACCUGGGCUUCGGGUUGCGCAUGGUGCAGGGCGUGGUACAUGUCUACACCAGCCGGGAGCCUAGUGAGCACUGUGCAGAGCUGGACCUGCCCUACCCUGACCUGCAGGAGUUCGUGGCUGAUGUCAAUGUGCUGAUGGCCCUGAUUAUCAACGGCCCCAUAAAGUCCUUCUGCUACCGCCGGCUGCAGUACCUGAGCUCCAAGUUCCAGAUGCAUGUGCUGCUGAACGAGAUGAAGGAGCUGGCUGCCCAGAAGAAGGUGCCCCACCGGGACUUCUACAACAUCCGUAAGGUGGACACGCACAUCCACGCCUCGUCUUGCAUGAACCAGAAGCACCUGCUGCGCUUCAUCAAGCGGGCCAUGAAGCGGCACUUGGAGGAGAUCGUGCACGUGGAGCAGGGCCGAGAGCAGACGCUCCGGGAGGUGUUCGAGAGCAUGAACCUCACAGCCUACGACCUGAGUGUGGACACACUCGAUGUGCACGCGGACAGGAAUACCUUCCAUCGCUUUGACAAGUUCAAUGCCAAGUACAACCCGAUUGGGGAGUCCGUCCUGCGGGAGAUCUUCAUCAAGACUGACAACAGGGUCUCUGGGAAGUACUUUGCUCACAUCAUCAAGGAGGUGAUGUCGGACCUGGAGGAGAGCAAAUACCAGAAUGCUGAGCUGCGGCUGUCCAUCUACGGGCGCUCCAGGGACGAGUGGGACAAGCUGGCGCGCUGGGCUGUGAUGCACCGCGUGCACUCGCCCAACGUGCGCUGGCUUGUGCAGGUGCCCCGCCUCUUUGACGUGUAUCGAACCAAGGGCCAGCUGGCCAACUUCCAGGAGAUGCUGGAGAACAUCUUCAUGCCACUCUUCGAGGCCACCGUGCACCCCGCCAGCCACCCGGAGCUGCAUCUCUUCUUGAAGCAUGUGGAUGGCUUUGACAGCGUGGACGACGAGUCCAAGCCAGAGAACCACGUCUUCAACAUGGAGAGCCCCCUCCCCGAGGCCUGGGUGGAGGAGGACAACCCACCCUACUCCUACUACCUCUACUACACCUUCGCCAACAUGGUCACACUGAACCACCUGCGCAGGCAGAGGGGCUUCCACACGUUUGUGCUGAGGCCGCACUGCGGGGAGGCUGGGCCCAUCCACCACCUGGUGUCAGCCUUCAUGCUGGCUGAGAACAUCUCCCACGGGCUGCUGCUACGCAAGGCUCCAGUGCUUCAGUACCUGUAUUACCUGGCCCAGAUUGGCAUCGCCAUGUCCCCGCUCAGCAACAACAGCCUCUUUCUCAGCUACCACCGGAACCCGCUCCCCGAGUACCUGUCGCGUGGCCUCAUGGUCUCACUGUCCACUGAUGACCCCCUGCAGUUUCACUUCACCAAGGAGCCUCUGAUGGAGGAGUACAGCAUCGCCACGCAGGUGUGGAAGCUCAGCUCCUGCGACAUGUGUGAGCUGGCCCGCAAUAGCGUGCUCAUGAGCGGCUUCUCCCACAAGGUGAAGAGCCACUGGCUGGGACCCAACUACACCAAGGAGGGUCCUGAGGGCAACGACAUCCGCCGCACCAACGUGCCCGACAUCCGUGUGGGCUACCGCCACGAGACGCUGUGCCAGGAGCUGGCCCUCAUCACGCAGGCCGUGCAGAGUGAGAUGCUGGAGACCAUCCCCGAGGAGACGGGGCUCCCCACCAGCCCAGCACCCCAGUGAACGGACCAGCCUCGACCACUGGGCCGGCGUUAUGACCACGCCUCGUUCCCAGGUCCUGCCCCUCACGCCCGGGUCUCUGCAUGGCUCCGUUAUUCCGUGUUUUGUCCUGUGCAUGUCUGACCCCGUAGCUGCCCCUGUCACCCCGAGGGAGCCACACCCAGGAGCCUGCUGCUGCCGGGCGGGAUGGCCAGGCUUCGGAUUGGAGGGCCGGCCCCGCCCUGCUCCCUCUGGAACCUCAGUGGCCGGCCAGGGCGGGGCCGGUGGAGGAGGGGGCAGAGGGGGAGGGGCCGCCUGCGGGAGUCAAAGGAGUCAGGCUUGGCCAACCUUGCUUACCUGGCUGUUACUGCUGCCAGAGGUCAGUGGUUACCCUAUGCUGCCUGGUCCCCAGGGGGUGGACUCCGACCUUGGAGGUGCUGGGGCAGGACCCCCACACCCCACCCCUGGCCACUGCCCCCACAGCCCCUCUCCGUCCUUCCUCCAGUCCGCGUGCUCCCUUGCCAACUUCCUGUGCCUCUGUGGGAGGGGCAGCACCCUGCACUGUGUCCACGGCUCCUGAGGCUGGGUCAGCCACCAGCCCUGGAGGUGGCGUCCCUGGGACGGUCCCAGAUCCCGGCAGCCCUGUGUGUCACAUCCCAACCGAGGGCUUUGCUGUGAAGUAGUGUUUGAUACAGUCCUAUCUUUCCUAGUGCACGACGAAUAAAGAUUAUUUAAGUAAUGUGG